CCCUGGCGGCGGAAGGCGGUUUGUUUUGGGGCGGAGGGUGAGGCUGCGGUCAGAUGGGCGGCGCGGAGGGCAGCAGCAGCGGCGAGGAUGGCUUCUCCUCAGCGGGGCGGUUGGGGGAGAGGCCCAGCGGGGCCCUGACCAGGCGGCGGCUGUGGCUGCGGUGGCGGCUCCCGUCGGAGCCCAGGUGGCCCUGAGGAGGGACCCCGCCUUCCCCUCUCCUCCUCCUCCUCCUCGCCGUCGCUCCUUCUCCCGGAGGCGGCGCCAUGCCUUGCACCUGCGGCAACUGGCGGCGCUGGAUCCGUCCGCUGGUGGCCACGGUCUACGCCGUGGGGCUGCUGGUGGCCGUGCCGCUCUGCAUCUGGGAGCUCCAGAAGCUGGAGGUUGGAAUCCAUACCAAAGCAUGGUUUAUAGCUGGGAUCUUUUUAUUGAUGACAAUACCAAUAUCUCUUUGGGGAAUAUUACAGCAUUUAGUUCAUUAUACUCAGCCUGAAUUACAGAAACCAAUAAUAAGGAUUCUAUGGAUGGUACCAAUUUACAGUUUAGACAGUUGGAUAGCAUUGAAGUAUCCCAACAUUGCAAUAUAUGUGGAUACCUGUAGAGAAUGCUAUGAAGCAUAUGUCAUCUAUAAUUUCAUGUUAUUUCUUUCAAAUUAUCUGAUCAAUCAGUAUCCAAAUCUGGUGUUAAUCAUAGAAGCCAAGGAUCAGCAGAAGCAUCUGCCACCAUUAUGUUGUUGUCCACCGUGGGCUAUGGGAGAGGUGUUGUUGUUCAGGUGCAAGCUUGGUGUUCUUCAAUAUACAGUUGUUAGACCAUUCACCACUAUAAUUGCUUUAAUUUGUGAAUUAGUUGGUGUAUAUGAUGAAGGAAACUUCAGUUUCAAAAAUGCUUGGACCUACUUGGUUAUUUUCAACAACAUAUCCCAGUUGUUUGCUAUGUACUGCCUUGUAUUAUUCUAUAAAGUACUACGGGAUGAACUGAACCCAAUCAGACCUGUGGGGAAAUUUCUCUGUGUGAAGAUGGUGGUUUUUGUUUCUUUCUGGCAAGCAGUACUUAUUGCAUUACUGGUGAAAAUUGGUAUUAUCUCUGAAAAACGCACAUGGGAAUGGCAAAGUGUUGAAGCUGUGGCAACUGGUUUACAGGAUUUUAUUAUUUGUGUGGAAAUGUUCUUUGCGGCAAUUGCUCACCACUACAGCUUUUCCUACAAGCCUUACGUGCAAGAAGCUGAAGAAGGCUCAUGUUUUGAUUCUUUUCUUGCAAUGUGGGAUAUUUCUGAUCUUAGGGCAGAUGUAACUGAACAAGUUCGCCAUGUUGGAAGGACAGUUUUUGGUCCCCCAAGGAAAAUGUUUUUUGGUGAAGAUCUUGAUCAGAAUGAACAUACAAGUUUACUCUCAUCAUCCACUCAGGACCCAAUUUCUGCUGCAUCUUCCAUUCCAUCAUCACCUGCGGGUCAUUAUCAAGGGUUUGGACAUACUGUGACUCCAACAAUGCCUACUGAACCAAUAUCUGAUGACUUCUGUAACUCUGCAGAAGAGAAUGAAAAUUCCCCUGUUCAAGGAGAGAAGCCUAUGGACAAAAGUUAAAUCACUUUCCUCAAGCAUGUUAUGGGAUUUGCUCAGGCAUUAUUUCCUUAUGUUUGUUUUCUGCCCCUGGAAGUGCCAUUCUCCUAAAAGAGCAUGAGCAGCCAAGGAGUAUGUGAAACAAACAGGACAGGUGGUUUCAGGUUUGAUCUCUGAAAUGCAAAGAGUGCAUAUUGUACUAUUUUGAAAAGAUACAUGCAUACAAACACAGUUCAAAUUUUUACAGCUAUAAUACAGUACUGAAAUCACCAUUGAAUUAAACUGUUAUAAUAACUGAAAAUAUGGCAUGUAUGAUGUAUAGAUCUGAAAAAUGAUCCAAGGCAUAUGGUAAUAGCUAUGACAGAUUGAGUAGUUCAAAAACCUGCCUGUUCACAUUAAUAGGGGCAAAGCAGAAGGUUGAUUUCCCCUUUCAAACUAAUUAUUCUUUCAGCGGGAUUCUUCUCCCAUGCCAGAAUAUUAUCUAAUGUGCCAGAAUCUUUACAGAACUAAUAGUUAGAGAAUUUAGUUGGGAUAGUGACCUGGAAUGAUCUGUGUAAGAAUAGUGGCACAAAGGCUGUACAAUUCUUUUAAGCCAGAGUUGGAAAUUGUGCCCCUCCAAUGGUACCAGACUCGUGUGUUUAGCCAAUACAGUGGCUGUAUCCGCACUACAGAAAUAAUCCAGUUUGACACCACUUUAACUGCCAUGGCUCAGUGCUAUGGAGUUCUGGGAACUGUCAUUUGUUCCCAAAAUUACAUAGCAUUGAGCCAUGGCAGUUAUAGUGGUGUCAAACCAGAUUAUUUCUGCAGUGCAGAUGCAGCUAGUGAAUGAGAUGAGAGAUCCAACAACUUGAGGGCCACGUAUUUCCUAGCUCUAAGUGAUGUAAACGUCAUGUAUGCUUUUGGUUCAAAAUUUUACUGUUACACUUUUAAGUAUAUUCUGGCCUUUUGCUCUAGAGUGGGGGGUAUACAAACAUAAUGUUAUAAAAUUGAAUACGCAGUUUCUUGAAAAAUUGAACAUUAUUCAUUUUUUUUAUCAGUUACAUACACCUUGUGUAGGGUAUUGGUCAGAGUAUGUACUCCAUAAUGUGGAUGCUAUUUUAAUGCCUCUUUUGGGUUCAUAAUAUACUUGCCUUCUGAAAGUUUUGUCUUAACUAGAAUCAAGUAAUCUAUGUAAUUCCAGUGUAAGAUACAGGAAUGUAACACAUUAGUAUUGCUCUAAGGACUUAAUACCCAUAUAGUGAACAAAUGGGAUUUCUGACCCAUUAUCAUAUUUGUAUCUGCACUAUGUGCUUGCUGUCUUACCUUCAUAUUAAAAGCUGCAGCAAGGUUUAUAUUUUAAACUAGCAUCUGAUUAACUAGCAUUUUGAUUAAAAUACUCUACAAGACUUGGGUUUUAACUGAACUUGUGGCUGCUACAGUGAACUCAUCUUGCAAGUGCUUUUGCAGUACUAGUGUGUUUUGUAAAUACAUGGCCUUAUUCACUAGGCUGCAUAUUUUAUGGCUAAAUUUAAUGUGUCCUUAAGUGAAUCUUGUUAAAGGUGCAAAUCAUGUUUAUCCAUUAUAUAUGUUGUAAAUAAACAAAUAAAACUUUAUUUAAACUCUUAAA